GUAACCAUGAGCGUAGUACUCGUAUGCAGGCCGUUUCAGGCGACCAUCUUGGGCUACACCACCUUGAUUCCCGGCUUUCUCUUGCUUCUUCCCUCCAUGCGGGUUUAAUUUACACUUCAUUUAUCUUGUGGUUAAAUUGCUUUCGAUCCCAUUCCUUCAGGCCAUAUCUUGCCCACUCCACGUCUCCCUUCGCCUGUUCCCGGUCGUCUCGUUUACAGCGUUGUCUUCUGCCACUGUUUUUACGAGUUUAAAUUCUUCACAAUGUCACUGGCAGAAGGCCAGAAAAAGGAUGUCGAGGUCACCCAAGAGCCAUACCCCAAAGACAUGCACGGCAAUGUAGACGCUGCGUGGACGUUCCUUGAUCGUCACCGCGACGUGGUGGCAGGCGACAUCCCGGUCGAUAUCGAUGCAUUGCGCCGGAAGAUCGAUUGGCGCAUCGUGCCGUUGAUGUUCUGCUGCUACACGAUGCAGUUCCUGGACAAGGUCAUCCUUAAUUACUCUGCAGUCAUGGGCCUUAACCAAGACCUGAAGCUCAAGGGCAAUGAAUUCUCCAACAUUGCCACGUUCCUGUUCGUCGGCUUGCUCUGCUUCGAAGUGCCCAACAUUUACUUUCUUCAAAUGGUCCCCGCAGCAAAGUGGCUGGGAGCCAAUGUCGUGCUCUGGGGUAUCGCCACGGCCUGUGGUGCCGCUGCGCAUAAUUACCAGACCCUUCUUGUCUCUCGCGUCUUUCUGGGCAUCUUCGAGGCUACCAUUGGCCCUUCUCUGAUGCUCAUCAGUAGCCAGUGGUACACCAAAUCAGAACAGGCCCCGCGGUUUUCUUUCUGGUAUCUCGGUCUUGGCCUCGGCCAGAUCAUCGGAGGAGCCGCGUCAUAUGGCUUCCAACACAUUGGUCCUGGCGCUGGUCUCGCUGGCUGGCGGAUCAUGUUUGUGACUCUUGGCAUGAUCACGGUUGUCAUCGGUCUCUGCACCUUCGUCUUUCUCCCAGACACGCCUAUGCAAGCUCGAUGGCUGUCUGACAGUGAAAAGGUUGCUCUACUGAAGCACGUCAGCGUGAACCAGACCGGCAUUGAGAGCCGCAAAUUCCGCCCAAAUGAGAUAGUUGAAGCAUUGUGCGAUCCUCAGUUAUACCUCAUGGUUUUAUCUGUUGUUUUGCUCUCUGUCUCAAGCGGUGUCGUCACAACAUACUCUGCCACCUUAAUUCGCGGUCUGGGCUACGACGCCAAAAGGGCCGCCCUAAUGAACAUGCCUUCUGGUGUGGUCAGCAUCUUCUUCACUCUUUCUGUUGGCUAUGGUAUCCGAACCCAGUCCCAUCGAUGGGCCUGGAUCAUUGCGUGCAUCAUUCCUGCAAUCAUUGGUGGCGCGCUUAUGUCGUUUCUCGACAAGAGCAACAAGUCCGGAAUUUUGGCUGGUAUUUAUCUGGUCAACGCAGUCGUCGCCCCCUUGACCAUCUUCUACAGCUGGACUGCGGCAAACUUUGGCGGUGCAACCAAGCGAGCCUUUGCUGCUGCAAUCGUCAGCGGUUCUUUCUCACUGGGCAAUAUCAUUGGACCACAGACAUUUCAAGCCCGCGAUGCACCAGAUUAUCGACCAGCCAAGCUUGCAGUCAUGGGGACCCAGGCUGGUUGCGUUGUCACCACAUUCAGCUUGUUUUGUUACUACGUCUGGGCAAACAAGAGACGCAAUGAUCACAGCAAACAGAUGGAGGACGAGUAUAUGUCCCCGGAAGUGUGGUCUACAAUGACAGAUAAGGAAAACAAGUUCUUCCGAUAUACGUACUAGGGUUAUGUGAAGAGCUUUAAUAGUGGCAAAUCGGUGGCUUUAUCAUAGAAACUGUUUUAUUGUAAUUUGGUCACUGAAUACAAAAUUUCGCGGCCUGUGGCCGCUUUAAGCAGCUGCAGAUUUACUUCUAGGCUCGUAGCACCUCACUAUUCCCGCGAAGUAGCUCGAGAUUAGCAUGUUAAACAUUAGUGGCGAGAUCCUGAUCCUCCCGAGAUGCGGGCUUUCCAGCUACAAUGCUACCA